CGCUUUCAAUUCUAAAUCUCGCGAUAGUUGCAGCAGGGGAGCUUCUAAGAGCAGAGCAGGAAACUUGACAUGUCAACAAAACAGACAAAUUAUCACCACACAGGCAUGUGAGGGUGUGCUGCUGUGGGAAAAGCCUGACAGGUGACUUUACCUGGACCUGGACCUUGCACCUAUAGCCUUUUCCAUCCAUCCAUCCAUCCUCUAGCAUUCUCACCCCGCUGCCGUCGUCAUGACAACCCCUCCACUUGUCCCACCCUACGGCGGUCAGCCUGCACCCCUGCAGCAGCAGCAGCAGCAGCAGCAGCAGCAGGCCCAGGCAGCCCGCGAUGUCAACACGGCCUCGCUGUGCCGCAUCGGCCAGGAGACGGUCCAGGACAUUGUUCUCAGGACGAUGGAGAUCUUCCAGCUUCUCAGGAACAUGCAGCUGCCUAACGGAGUCACUUACCACCCAAACACCCACCAGGACAGGCUGGGGAAACUCCAGGAGCACCUACGCAUGCUUUCUGUGUUGUUCCGAAAGCUGCGCCUCGUCUACGACAAGUGCAAUGAAAACUGUGCCGGGCUGGACUCCAUACCUCCAGAGCUGCUGAUACCCUUUGUGGAGGACGACAGCUCCAAACACGAGGACCGCUCAGCCGGCCAGAGCCGCCCGGCCACUGAAGAGAGGAGAGAAAUCCUGGAGGUCAACAAGAAGCUCAAGCAGAAGAACCAGCAGCUGAAGCAGAUCAUGGACCAACUCCGCAACCUCAUCUGGGAGAUCAACUCCAUGCUGGCUGUCAGGAGCUGAGCCACACACACACACACACACACACACACACACACACACACACACACACACACACACACACACACACACACUCAUCCAUAAACCACACACACUCUUUUACGGCACGUAAUGGAGAAUUGAUACGGUCUUAAACUGGACGUGUGACAGGGUACCACAGACUUUGCUGAGGCUGCACUUUACAGAAGAAAAUUGGGACUUUGGCAAUAUCACUCCGUUUUUUAAAAAAAGACGACAUGAAACAUGACGAGGAAAAAAACAAAUGAAGGAAAAAAGGGCUCGACAACCUCCGAGACACCCGAUAAAACUCUGAGACAGAUGUGCUGCUGGUGACAUCAUCGUCUGUAUUCUACAUUUUGAAUCAGCGUUAUGACUGAAGUAAUCAUCAGAGUGAAUAUAUAUAUAUAUCAUGUUUUUUUUAAUCUAUUUGUAGGUACUAGCUCAGUAGAGACACACUGAUUUAUUCUAUUUAAUCCUCAAAUCAUGAACUUCUGUGUCUUAUUUCAUCGUGUUAGAAGCGUGUGGCGUCCUUGUAUGAAAAGUUUUGAUACAGCACCUGAAAACAUUCAAUAAGAAAGACAAACACUGUGGCAAAGAGUCUUAUUCUUCCUACGUCGAUCAGAUGUUUGAAACUGUUGUUUGACAUGUCAUCACACACACAAAAGUUUCUGCUCAACUAUAAAUCUUGCUGUGAUUUUCUAAAAAACUUGUGAUGUGAUUUUUUUUUUCCAUUUCCGUCUCUCUGUUUUCUCUCAGUAGAUAUUUAAUCCUAUACAAUUUAUCAAAAGCAAACAUAAAGCUUAAACAAAAAAUAACAUUUGGGGGCGGGGCCAGACGAAAUGAUUGACAGCACGAUGCAGAAACAGCCUUUGUUUACAGUUUCCACAGAAUCUAUUCAGGAUAAAGUGAGACAUUCAGAGGCUAAAAUAAAUGAGAAAGAUAAUUGUUGUUACUUUCACAUGCACUGGACAGAAUCAGCACAGACGUAAAGGGGAACACUUUUUCACACGGGGGUACUCGUUAUAUAAACAACAUUUAAAUAAAGUUCUUCACAGGAGCUUCAGUUGUGUUUUUUUUGAUUAGUGGUACCCAACAGACAAACAAAAACACAAGAGAUACACCACACCUCUCCAUAAAGCAAGACAAAACAAAAACACCAAGCCCUUCCCGCCUCCAUCCAACAAACCAGUUCCUGCCCCCCCCCCCCCCCCCCGACUCUUUAAAUAUAAAAUGUAAAUAUGUUAACAAAUGUUUGUUAACGUACAGGUUUCAUCUAAACGGAAAAAGGAAAAAGUCUAAAUAGAAGUUGUAAUAAAAUAAAAGGAUAAAGAAAAAGAGA